AUGCCCUACAAUGUAGCUAUGGUCUGUGACUUCUUCUACCCCCAAUUGGGCGGUGUCGAGUUCCACAUUUACCACUUGUCUCAAAAACUGAUCAAGUUGGGCCACUCAGUGGUGGUCAUAACGCACUCGUACGGUGACAGAACUGGUGUGCGGUACCUCAGUAAUGGACUGAAGGUUUACUACGUGCCUUAUGUUGUCAUUUAUAGGGAGACCAGCCUUCCUACUGUGUUCGGCAGCUUCCCAAUCGUUAGAAACAUUUUGCUUCGAGAACAAAUACAAAUAGUCCACGCUCACGUCAGCGUGUCAACGCUCGCCCACGAGAGCCUACUUCAUGCUACGGUAAUGGGGUUGCAGACAGUGUUUACAGACCAUUCUCUAUACGGAUUCGAUUCCGUAGGGUCGAUCUUGGUGAAUAAGCUUCUGCGUUUCACACUGACCAAUGUAGGAGGUGCCAUAUGUGUAUCUAACACUUGUAAAGAGAAUAUGAUUCUCCGUGCGAAGCUAGAGCCAUCGCAGAUUUCCGUGAUUCCAAAUGCAGUGGUGAGCGAGAACUUUGCGCCAGCGGGUGAACGUAGAAGCACUCGAGACAUUAACCGACCGAUCACUAUUGUGGUGAUGAGUCGACUGUAUCCGAACAAGGGAGCAGAUUUACUCACGCAUUUGAUUCCCAAAAUUUGCGCGGUGCAGUCAAAUGUCAGAUUUGUGGUUGCCGGAGACGGCCCAAAGUUCGUUGAUUUCCAACAAAUGAUAGAAACCCACCGUCUGCAGGACAAAGUAGAGCUCCUUGGAGCUGUACAGCAUGAGAAAGUGCGAGACGUCAUGUGUCUUGGCGAUAUCUACUUACAUGCAAGUCUGACCGAGGCGUUCGGUACCGUACUUGUAGAAGCGGCAUCGUGUGGUUUAUUCAUAGUAAGCACUAUGGCUGGCGGCAUACCUGAGGUGUUGCCAAAGCACAUGACGGUGUUCGCGGAGCAGACGUCGGUAACCAGCUUGUUCAAUGCCACAUUAAAGGCAAUUUUACUAGUGCAGCACGGCCAGGUCGAUACCUCUUCGUUUCACGAAGAAGUUGCCGAUAUGUACGAUUGGAUUGAUGUGGCUAAACGCACCGUGGCAGUUUAUCGGGGCCUUUUGAAUCAGUCACCAUCCAAGAACCUUUCUUGGUUGGAACUCCUGAAGAACUUCCACGAAAGAGACGGUCCCUGGGCCCGCUGUCUCUACAUCUUGUGCCUUCUCACAGAAUACAUGGUCUUCCUAACACUGGAAUGGAUAUACCCAAGAGAUAUGAUUGACAUAGCCCCAAAGUGGCCCCAGAACAAAGAAUAG